UUCUCAUCUUUCUUCUUUAACAAUACCAUUUUCCCAAAAAUUAAACUCCAUUUCUUGGUUGUUCUGUUUCUUGAUUUCCCUUGUCAAGUUAUCUUGGUUAGCAGUUGCUUCAAUUUGACAUUUUAUUUUAUUUUUCAAUUCCAAGAACAGGUUAAGCAAGUUAUAGUAUGCCAUGAGGACACAAAGGGGCUUUUUUUCCAAUAUAUUUUCGUUGUGCACAUCUUCCUCACUUCCGUUCUGGCGAUCUUUUUAACUGUUCGAGGAAUCAUUUGUGCUGAAAACACACAUCAUUUCCAGCCAAAGAAAUGGUACCUGCCAAUACUUGCUUCAACAGCUUGUGCUGGAAUUAUCAGCUUUACCUUUCAGGCAUUCCUUUUCAGCCAGCCGUCAAGAGCUAUCCGAGCUGCAUUUUGGCUUAGCCCUUUUCUCAAUUGUGCAGUUGGUGUUUUGCUCAUCUCCAUAGGCACAGUGGGAAGUUUGGUCCUGGGUAUCGCUUGUCCUAUAUCUGCUGUCAUUCAAUCCCUCUAUUCGUGUUGGGUCAAUCACAGAAUCGAGCAUGCUAUUCGAGUAGUAUCAAUUGCUAUUGCCUUCCCUCCUCCACACGCCACUGCCAUGACACUCCUUUCAGUUGUCAUGUGUGUUCUGUAUUCAUCUUUACUGAUAUCAGGCAUUGGAGGAGCUACAGCUGAGAAAUCUUGGCUUGACAACCUAUUCAUUUUUCUGAUCAUAUUAAGCCUCGUGUGGACUAUGCAAGUAAUUAAGAACAUACAGCAAGUAACAGUAUCACACAUAAAAUAUGUGCAAUUUUCAAUUGGAAUAGGGCUUGAUUCCAAGACAAUCUUCCUAAGCACAAUCAGGCAUUCAAUCGGCAGCAUUUGUGUUGGCUCAAUACUAGUACCUGUUGUUACCAUCGUUCGAGGUUCAGCCCGAGCCAUCAGUUUGGUUUCAGGAGAUGUGGAUGAGUUCAUGUCCUCGUGCACCGGUUGCUCUUCUGGAAUAGCGUCGUGUCUUGUAAUAUAUGGCUAUAGAUGGGGUUUCGUACAUGUAGGAGUGUACAAUAAAGGGAUUGUGCAGGCAUCCGUGGAUUCUUGGGAGAUAUUUAGAAGAGUUGGGAUAGAACAGCUGAUUAAUUCUGAUCUAACUAGUUCAGUUUGUUUUUUCUAUGGAGUGGCAGGAGGAGCGAUUUGCACGCUACUAGGAGGCUCCUGGGCAUUUAUAAUCCACAAGAGUUAUGCAACGGAACUGUCAAUAUAUGCAUUCUUGAUCGGAUAUCUCAUGACUAGGGUGACUAUGGCACCAGCACAAGCUAGCAUUUCUCCGUAAUAUGUUGCUUAUGCAGAAAAUCCACAAAGCCAGAGAUUCGACACCACAAACCCAGACUAUAUUCAGCAACUACAAAGAUACAACACAUAACAAUCAAUAAUAGUGGACAAGAAACUGCACAGAUAGAACGUUCAUACAGUUGUUCCAUCUAUUUAUGGUGGAAAUAAUUCUGUCUAGUUCAUAGAUACUGUACAAAUACCAUGGGAUCAACGAUUUACAUCUCUUUGAAAAUUCUAAGUGAAGUAAGUGUCUUCUUCUUUGAGAUUCA